AUGCUCCCUUCGGUGUUUCUUCUGCUUUUAUUCUUCCUCAGUCAAAGUUCGUCAAGAAAAAAUUCACUGAAACCACUUCGUGCUUUCAAUCGAAAAAUUAAUCGAAGUCCUAAUCAAGGUCCUUACUAUGCGCAACCGGAACAGAUUGCUCUUAGUUAUGGAGGUAAUGUAUCCGCCAUGUGGAUAACUUGGCUUACUUAUAAUGACACCUUUUCAUCAAUUGUGGAAUAUGGCAUCAAUGAUUUAAGAUGGUCUGUUAAAGGCAGUUCUGUUCUAUUCAUCGAUGGUGGCAAGCAAAGAAGUAGGCGAUAUAUACACCGAGUUCUACUGACCGGUUUGAUACCCGGAACUAUUUACCAGUACCAUGUUGGUUCGGAAUACGGCUGGAGUUCAAGUUAUCGAUUCAAAGCGAUGCAAAACUUAACAAAUCAUGAAUAUAUAUAUGCAGUUUAUGGAGAUCUUGGCGUUGUAAAUGCUCGGUCACUCGGAAAAAUACAACAACAAGCACAGCGGUCACUAAUCGACGCUGUUUUACAUAUUGGUGACAUGGCAUAUAACUUGGAUACUGAUGAAGGACAAUUUGGUGAUCAAUUCGGCAGACAAAUUGAACCGGUAGCAGCUUACGUACCGUAUAUGAUGGUUGUCGGUAACCAUGAACAGGCAUAUAACUUCUCUCACUAUGUCAACCGGUAUACCAUGCCGAAUAGUGAACACAACCUUUUUUAUAGUUUUGAUCUUGGUACUGCUCAUUUUAUUGCCAUAUCAACCGAAUUUUAUUAUUUCACUGAAUAUGGCUCUAUACAAAUAGCGAAUCAGUGGAAAUGGCUUACUGAAGAUUUAAAGCGCGCAUCUGCAAACCGUGACAAAUAUCCAUGGAUUAUAACAAUGGGACAUCGACCGAUGUAUUGCUCGAAUUACGAUUCCGAUGAUUGCACUAAAUACGAAUCGCGAGUACGUUCGGGCGUGCCUGGAACACAUCGUUACGGUUUUGAAAAAUUGUUUUAUACAUAUGGAGUUGACUUAGAAAUUUGGGCGCACGAACAUUCCUAUGAACGCAUGUGGCCAUUAUACAAUCGUACCGUUUAUAAUGGUACCAAGGAACCAUAUACCGAUCCUCCAGCACCUGUACAUAUCAUUUCAGGAUCUGCUGGAUGCCAAGAAUAUACCGAUCCAUUUGUACCCCAGCCAUCUCCGUGGAGUGCAUUUCGUUCCUCAAACUAUGGCUUUGGUCGACUUCAUAUAUUUAAUGCAACCCAUCUCUACUUCGAGCAAGUAUCUGCAUCAAAGGAAGAAACGGAAGACAGUUUCUGGUUGAUCAAACAUAAGCACGGUCCUUACACCUUUGAGCAUCGCAAACAAAUGAAGCAGUUUGGUACCUAUGUACCUUGA